AUGAAUUCCAUCAUUUUGUCCAGUGGAGGCUGGAGCGAGGGCAAUCCAAUCUGCGAUAUUGAGGCCUAUGAUUUCUCUGCCGACCUUUGGAUCAACCUCCCAGGCAAGCUGGAGCAUCCUCGGGCCUAUCACGGCACAGUCUUCCUCAAUGGUUAUGUCUACUUUCUCGGUGGCUUUGACAGAGUGGAGUAUUUUAACAGCGUGGUCAGGUUGGACCUGGAGACACACAUCUGGCAGGAGGUGGCGCCGAUGCACUACCGCCGCUGCUACGUGAGCGUAACCGUGCUGGACGGGUUCAUCUAUGCCCUCGGCGGCUCUGACGGAAGGCGUCGACACAACACUGCAGAGCGCUACUGUCCCGAAACCAACCAGUGGACACAGAUUGCAACCAUGGACUUGGUGAGGAGCGACGCCAGCUGCACAGUACUGCAUGGCAAGAUAUACAUGUGUGGUGGUUUCACCGGGACCGAGUGCCUGAAGACGGCUGAAAUUUACGAUCCAGAAACCAACCAGUGGACAAUGACCAGCCCUAUGAGAAUUAGUCGAAGUGGACUCAGUGCUGCUGCAUAUAAUAACAAAAUCUAUGUAGUUGGUGGCUGUGACGGUCAAUCCCGUCUGUCAUCUGCUGAGUCCUACAACCUCCAGACCAACACCUGGCACCAGCUGAGCCCCAUGUUGACUUGCCGUAGUAACUUUUGCCUCGAUGUGAUACAAGACAGGUUAUAUGUCGUUGGGGGCUAUGAUGGCGCCUCCACCACUCAAAUGGCAGAGGUCUAUAAUCCUCGCACUAACGCAUGGUCUGACAUCACUAUGCCAGACUUCCCCCGCAGUGGAGCAAGCUCCUGUGUUGUGACCGGAAUCUUCAACAUGGCUAACUACACAUUAUCUCGAGACUCACUGCCAUAUUAA